AUGGGACUACGAACAGCAGCUGCUGAACACGAAACACGGCUGCAGGUGGAGAUGCAGACAAGCGUACAUUUUGUCCAUGUCCUCAGCUGUCCCUUCCUGUCGUCCAACCUGACCCCGGCCAUCCCAGCAGUUGGUGCCGUCCUCCUUGUCUUUGUCAUGGGGAUGCUGUUCAGGGCGAGUUUCAGCGACCCUGGCAUCCUGCCCCGGGCCAUGCUGGACGAGGCCGCCAACAUGGAGAGGCAGAUUGACUCCAAACCUCCUCCUCGCACCAGAGAGGUCCUCAUCAAUGGACAGGCCGUCAAACUGAAGUACUGCUUCACCUGCAAGAUCUUCAGGCCGCCCCGAGCGUCACACUGCAGCCUGUGUGACAACUGUGUCGAGCGAUUCGACCAUCACUGCCCCUGGGUUGGAAACUGCGUCGGACGGAGGAACUACCGCUUCUUCUACCUGUUCAUCCUCUCGCUGUCCUUCCUCACCAUCUUCAUCUUCGCCUUCGUCAUCACACACAUCAUCCUCAGGACGAACCGGACUGGUUUCCUGAGCGCGCUCAGAGACAGUCCGGCCAGCGUCCUGGAGGUGGUGGUGUGCUUCUUCUCCGUCUGGUCCAUCGUUGGCCUGUCGGGGUUCCACACCUACCUGAUCAGCUCCAACCAGACCACCAAUGAGGACAUUAAGGGAUCCUGGUCCACCAAGCGAGGGAAGGACAUCUACAACCCCUACAGCUAUGGAAACAUCCUGACCAACUGCUGUGCCGCUCUGUGUGGACCACUGCCUCCCAGUUUGAUUGACAGGAGAGGCCUGGUCCAGUCUGACACGCCACAGACCGUCUCCCAGUCUAAUGAGACCGGUGCCAGCAGCUACACCACCACUCAGCUCCACAGUCACAUGUGCGACCAGGACCAGUGCAUCCAGAGCACCAAGUUCGUCCUCCAGGCAGCAGCCACGCCUCUGCUCCACAGCGACCCCAUGGUUCUGGCCCAUCUGCCAGGGAAGACCGCCACCCUGGGGGGAGCGUGCGCCUACCUGGCCCCCACCCAGCCAUCCCUGCCAUCCUGUGGUGGAGACGUCCUGGUCCUGCGGGACGCCACCGCCGACUCCCACUGCCACCACCACCUCAACCACCUACACCACCUCCACCAUCAUCAUCUCCACCAUCACUUCGUCAGCCCGGAGGAGACGUCCUGUGCCACACCGCAGGGCGCCACACUGCAGGGCCCCCUGCCCUGCCCCGCCCACCUUCACCUCCACCCCCAGCCACAGCCACCUAUCCCCUCCCCUGCCGCCCUGUAUGACCCCACCCAUCAGGAUGCUCUGCACGAGGACUCAGUCAGAGGCCUGGUUAAACUCAGCUCUGUCUGACCUCGGUUUGAUCCGUUCACACCACAUUUCCACCUUCCUGAUUAGAUGCACGUUUACAACAUGUUGAUGGAAACUUCACUGGUGCCAUGAGCUGAUCCUUCCAGGGCAAAUCACGUGACUCGUGUCUUUGUUAGUCCGACUGGGCAAAAAUAUGUGGUGUAAAAAUGACUAUUAGUCAGAAAACCUCUAACCAGAGCUACAUUAGACCAAGAGGUCUCUGCCCAUUUCUCUCUUUAUGCCAUACAUGAAGUUUUGUGGGUUUGAAACCCUCUGGAGUUCAUUUCAGUUAAAGUCACUUCACUCAGGUCUAAGUCUGAUUUCUCUUUGUGUCAAGUAGGGACCAAAAAUACAUAAAAGAUUUGCACAUCUGUAAAAUGAACACAUCCUUAGUGAUAAUCACUCAAAUAUUAAAGAGGAGUUCAAGGCUGUAAAAAAUGCUGCUUCACUUUUUUAUCCCCACAACUGCAGCAGAUGAACGAUAGAAAUGAAACUGUAGUACAAUCUGUUUACAUGUACAGUGAUUUUAACCCAACUCAGUUUUGUGCCUUUUCCAUUCAAAUUCCAUUUGUAAAGAGCUGAAAAUAAUUCACAGGUUUGAACAUUUCUUUUACAAGACAUGUUGUGGUCUGUAGAUGUAAAUGAGAAAGCUCUGCUUUCAGCUAUUUCUGUCGACACCAUUUGUAAAUAGUUAUGAUAAUACUCAUGGACACCAGAGUGUUCUGAACCACGGUAUGUAGACGCCAGCGUCCAGGUUUGCAUGAGGAUAAUGUUGAAUAAGAGCAUGAGUGUUCGCCAAAGAGGCCCAGAACAGAAGCUACAUGUUGAGUGAGGAGGAUUUCACAGUGUGUGGCGUUUUCAGAAGGCACAGAUGUUGACAGACUUUGAUAAUUCACACUUUUAAAUGUUCAGGACCAAAGUCACAUUACGUCCACGUCCACCCGCUCUUCUUGUUUUUUUGUUUUUUUUUACCUCUCCAUAAUUCACACUUUCCUUCUAAUAACAACGGACAUUUAAUCCAGCUACUCCAGUGCCAGGCAGGCAUCCACCUUCAGCUGCAGUCGAACCAUCACCAAAGACAAAUCAACUGACCUGUUUCUUUACAAAUCAAGCGGACGAUUCAGGUGACCUGUUGUGACAUUGUUUUUCCAAUGUUUAUGUUACCAAGCUAGGAGAAAAUGUGAUAUGUCAGUAAAUUCACACAUUUGAUAAAUGACUGGAGACCUCAUCGUCCCUACUGGUGUUUCAUGUAUUACAUUUAAUUCCCUGUCAUAUUUUAAAAAAAGGCCUUUAAGUCUUAAAUUUAAUUAGGUGAACCUGCACCUGUCAGUGGUGUGAGCUUUAAUUAAAGACACUAAAUGCCUUAUUUCUUGUUUUAGUUGAAG